AUGGGUCGGACCGUCGACCAGGAAGUUCACGCGGCGUUCGUCGAGUUCCGCGCCAAGGAAGACGAUAAGUGUCUUUCCGUCCAGUGUAUCUACUGCCAGCAGAUUCGCGCAAAGAACACCUCACGCCAGAAGCAGCACCUGCUCGAGUGUCCCGGUCUCCGCGGCCACACCAACCCCCAGGCCCAGUCCCAGUCCGCCCCCUCUGCCCCGAAUGGCAUCGCCGCUGCCAAUGGAUACCCUCCCACCCCCAAUGGUGCUGCGGCCACCGCGCCGGGUGCUGCUCCUGGGCCCGGUGCUCUCGCGACUCCCAACGGUCCCAUGAUGUCCAACGGUGUCAAUCCUCAUGCUACCCCGAUGCAGACGCCAUUGCAGAACAUGCAGAGUCGCGCCUCUCUCCCGACAUCAGGCCCGGCCGGAACCGCCUCCACCGUCUCUGCUACCCAGCAGGCAGCUCGUGCCACUCCCAAAGCGAAGCCUAAGAACUCGACCUCGAACCUUCCUGCCCCGCCCCUCGAUGACGUUCAUGCCGCGUUCGUGGAGUUCCGUGCCAAAGAAGAAGACAAGUGUCUGUCCGUUCAAUGCAUCUAUUGCCAGCAGGUCCGCGCAAAGAAUACCAGCCGUCAACGUCAGCACCUGUUGGAAUGCCCCACCUACCUCAGUGUCAUGAAAGAUUCGAUCCCCGCAAACAACCUUCUUCAUACCUUCCCCGAAGGCGACGUGGCGCGUUCCCUGCAGAUCCCCGCGCCUACCCUGGAGCUGGACUUCCGCAUGAGCAUUAAGAUGAACCCGAAGGUGUCGGUAGGUGAGAGUAUUUGGGGUCAACGUGAUUGGGUAACAUUCGUCGGUGGUCAGUGGGCUGGUCGAUGGGGUAAGGGUGUCGUUCUGCCUGGCGGACAAGACUCGCAGGUCGUCACCAAGGAAUCUUCUACACAUCUCCGAGCGAGCUACAUGCUCCAGACCGCCGACGAUCCCCCCGCAUACAUUGUCGUGAAGACCAACGGCUGGUUGACCGGAGCCAAGGAUAUUCUGGACAAGGUCAACGACCCGGGUAUGGCGGAUAGCAUCAACCCCAAUACAUACAAAUACCGCAUCAACUUGAACAUGGAAACUGGAGACGAACGUUACGCGUUUUUGAACACUCUGAUGUGGAUUGGAAGUGGCUGCCGCAGGGGCCACGAAGUCAUCUUUGAUGCAUUCCGCGUCAACUAA